ACGAUGACGUUGACGGGUUGUUCGGUCCGUGUGGGAUCCUUUGCACCCAUCUUUGACCUUACUUGCAACUGGGUCCCACAGCGAUGGCGACUCAAAGUCCGAGAAACCGGAUACUCGGACCGGUGUUACCCGUUGUGAUGCUACCGUAUCUAAUCACUUGUAGCCUCCUGCCAUGAACAUCAUCGAAUCACUUUUUGGUCGGACAGUAACACCCGCCGAACGCCUCCGCCAACACCAGCGCUCACUCGCCAAAGCACAACGCGAACUCGAUCGCGAACGGACAAAGCUUGAAAGCAGCGAAAAGAAACUGAUUGCUGAUAUCAAGAAAUCUGCGAAAGAUGGUCAGCUGAAUGCCUGCAAAGUAAUGGCGAAGGACCUCGUUCGUACGAGGCGGUAUGUGCAGAAGUUCUACCAGAUGCGGACACAGCUACAGGCUGUUGGACUGCGCAUUCAAACACUGCGCAGCAACCAGCAGAUGGCGGAUGCGAUGCGAGGGGCAACUAGAGCAAUGGCGUCUAUGAAUCGUGGGCUCAACCUACCCGCCAUUCAAAAAAUCAUGAAUGAAUUCGAACGGGAGAGCUCAAUGAUGGAUAUGAAGGAGGAAAUGAUGUCUGAUGCUGUCGACGAUGUCAUGGAUGAGGAGGAGGACGAGGAAGAAGAGGGUGACAAGAUCCUGAAACAAGUUCUCGACGAGAUCGGAGUGGGUCUAUCUCAGCAGCUUACGGACGCCCCGACGGGGAUCGGCGCGAGCACUUCUCAAUUGGCCAGCCGACAACCGGUGGCGCUCGGAGAGGCGAGUGGUACUGGUCCAUCGAGGCCGACUGACACUGGUGGACCCGGUGCUGGUGGAGAUGCGGACGAGGAUGCACUACAAGCAAGACUGGAUGCAUUGCGAAGGGGUUAA